GUCACCAUGCAUCUGUAUGCACUGACUCUUCAGAAAGCAUCCACCAUUAAUCAUGCAAUUCAUGGUAAUUUCUCGGGCUCUAAGCAGCAGGAGAUUGUUAUCUCCAGAGGAAAGAUUAUCGAGCUUCUUCGUCCUGACCCCAACACUGGCAAGGUGUUUCCUCUGUUAGCUAUGGAAAUGUUUGGUGUUAUUAGAGAUCUUAUUGCUUUUAGACUCACUGGAGGUUCAAAGGGUGAGUAUUUGUUCCAGUUCAUGUCGCAGUUAUUAGGUUGAUUUUUUUUCUUAUUAUGAUUGGCAAAAGUCUUGGCAUGCUCCACUACUUUUUUAAUUAUAUUCUCUAACUUUCAUGUGUCUCCCCCUCUCUCUCAUUUCAGUGUUGUCUGUUGUUACAAAAUGCCCACUGAUUUCAGGGAACAAUUUUUUGGAGGGAAUGUGAAGACUUAUGAUAAUUAAUUACAAUAUAUUUGUUUAUUAUGUUGAGUGGAGGGUAGUCAACCAUCUAGUUUGGGGAGGUGUGCCAACAAUUUGUGCCACUCAUUGUAGGUUGGUUCAUAAUUUCUAUAGUUCGUUUUGGAUUUACAGCUGUAUUAGUUAGUUUGGAAAUUUAGAAUUGACCUAUAACAGAGGAAGAUUAAUUUUUUUUAUGUGAAUUAAACUAAUUGUAGUAACUGUAUCUGUAUAUGAUUUCUGGUGAUUUGCUCUGCUAGUGAACUGGCUGAUCACAAUUAAUGAAACCUACUUCUUUUAAUUAUAUAUUAUUGGUUUCAGAUUAUGUGGUGGUUGGAAGUGAUUCUGGAAGGAUAGUUAUCCUUGAAUACAUACCUUCAAAGAAUACUUUUGAGAAGGUAACUAAUUAAAAGCAAGAUAACAGUAUACUCAUCCAAAAGUGUAUCUCCUGAUAAAUUUGUGUAUUUCCUCAGUUCACACGGUACGUUUUUCUGCCAUUUUCUUUGUUUCAGGUUCAUCAGGAAACAUUUGGUAAAAGUGGUUGUCGCCGUAUUGUUCCAGGCCAGUACUUAGCUGUGGACCCCAAAGGUCGUGCUAUUUUGAUUGGUAUGUUCGAUUCAAUUUUCAGUAAAGAAGUACACUUACGUAUAAAAAAUACCAGAAAGACCAACAAAGACAAGUAGAAACACUCAAUCAUUGUAUUUCACUUGCAUGUACAUGUAUAUAAAAGUAGCUUUUUACAUUACGUUUUAUGAUCACCAUGAAAAAACUGAUGAUUUUUUUCUCAGUUAACAGAAAGGUGAAUGUAUGGUUUGAUGGAUUGUCUAUUGCUCUCAGUGAGGAUUCAUGUCACAUGUAUACAAAUUCAUUAACCCCUUUACCUCCCAUGAGUGACCAAGACGGAAUUUCUUGUUACAAUAUCAAUAGCAUAUCAACCAGAUAACUGAUGAGUAUAAAGAAAAAUAUCAAUUUGGGGAUAAUAAAUUGAUCCAAUACUAAAUUCUUUGAACCAACAUUAUAAAAAUUGUAUGGUUGAUAGUAAGGAGAAUUACAUAUUUGAUCUUGGAGCUGAUGAGUUCAGAUAUAGAUUACAGUGACAGGAUGAUGGCAAUUUAAUGAUAAUGAUCACGUACAUUGUUGACUCAUAAUCAACCUCAGAAAAGCAUAAACAUCAGCAGAAGGCAAACAGACAUACCCUUAAGCAUUAACCCUUGAACCCCCAGAAGUGAUUGACAUAUAAUUUCUCCUUACAAUAUCCAUUUAUUACUCAGCAAAUUGGUUAUGAGAAUACUCAAACUUAUCAGGUAAAUGUUGUUAUCUUGAUCUAACACCAAAUUCUCAGAACUAGUUUAAAACUGAAAGGGAGAAAUAACAAUCAGAUUGUAUGUGUUAAAGGGUGAAUGGUAAUAGGUUUGUGGUGCUGUGGUUUCCAUAUAUGUUCUAAUCUUCCUUGUGAGUGGUCAUAAUGCAAUAAACAUUCCAGAAUUAAUGUUAACUACAGAUGUGUAUUGCUUCAGAGUUUUAUGGUCAUUUUAAUAAUGGCAAUGAUGUAAAAAAUCUCUUGCCUCUUCCAGGUGCUGUGGAAAAACAGAAGUUAGUUUAUAUCCUGAACAGAGAUGUUGCAGCUCGCCUGACUAUUUCAUCUCCUCUUGAGGCUCACAAAUCUCACACACUGGUCUAUCAUACUGUGGGAGUUGAUGUUGGGUUUGAGAAUCCAAUGUUUGCUUGUUUAGAGAUGGAUUAUGAGGUACAAAUUUGUUUCCUGCACUGAAAAUUAACGCCGAAAAUUGAAUGUAAUUUUUAGAUGGGUGUUGACAUUUUGGUUCCUUGAUCAAGCUAACUGAAAGGGUAAUUAGUACACAUUUAGAGAAUUUGAUCAUAUACUUGACAUUCUUUUCAUGAACAUUUGGGAGAUUAUUCAACAGCAUCCAGGAGUUCUUCUUAUUUUGAGGAAAGCUAAAAAGGAAUUUUUGAAGCAAGAAAUGACUUGCAACUUAUGAGCAUUGCACCAUCAGAUUUUUCUUGUUUAUAGUAAUCACCAAACAAGUGUUGGUGUAUUGACAGAAAUAAAGAAAAAUGUUUGUACUUAUUCCUUGUUACCCUCUGUAGUGUUGUUAUUGUUACUGUUAUUGUUUCUUCCUUCCCUAUUGUAUAUCCACCCCUUUUUUAUUGCCAUUGUUACCACUAUCAUUGUAGUUCAUAACAUUUAAUGAUAUACAUUCAUCUAUUCAGGAUGCAGAUACUGACCCCACUGGGGAAGCUGUACACACCACUCAACAAACACUGACAUUUUAUGAACUAGAUUUGGGUUUGAACCAUGUGGUGCGCAAAUAUAGUGAACCUCUGGAAGAACAUGGCAACCUUCUCAUUGCAGUACCUGGUGGAAAUGAUGGGCCAAGUGGAGUGUUGGUUUGCUCUGAAAAUUAUAUCACAUACAAAAAUUUUGGGGAUCAGCCAGAUAUUCGCAUGCCCAUACCACGAAGAAAGGUUUGUGAAUAUAAAUCAUGUUGUUUCUGUGACCUACAUGUAACAAUAAAUAGCUUACACUGUGUAUCUCUAUUAAGGUAGUUGUGAAGAUUUGAAUUUUACUUUUCAUUUAGGGUUUGUUUUUCUGUUUGUUUUCAGUAUGAUCUGGAUGACCCGGAACGUGGAAUGAUCUUUGUGUGUUGGGCAACUCACAAGACCAAGGUACAUGAUUUGCAUGUUUAGUAUGAAAACACGAUAAUUACUGCUUUCAGCCUUUUUUCAAUACACUUAUUCUCUCUACAUAUAAUUUGUUUUGAUGAAUGUACAUUGUAUGUUAACACAGUUGUGAUUUUUAGCAAUAUCUGUAUGGUGUUAGUAACAGAUUUUUGUUUCCUUUAGUCCAUGUUCUUCUUCUUGGUGCAAACAGAACAAGGUGACAUUUUCAAGGUUACCAUGGAAAUUGAUGAAGAUAUGGUAAGUAAAUACAUUUAAGUAUAUGUUGCAGGUAAUUGUUCAACUGCAGGUUUAUUAUACCACUAUUAAGACUGUUCAUGCAAUAAGCUGCAUCAUGUAUGCAGUUUGAUUGGUUCCUAUGAUGUAUAAGAAAACAAAUUUAUAGUUAAUGUCACCAUUCACAUUUUUUUGUUUGUUUAUUAAGACAUAAAACAAAGAGAUACAAUGUUACCAUAGGUCUGUCUGGUAAUAGAUUCCAUGUUGUGGUGGAACCGUCAAGUAAUAGAUUACAUGUGUAUGUUCAUUAAGAUGUCACAGAUAUCAUCAAAAUGUGGUGAAAACAUCAGUGAUGCAGUUGGCUGUGCCUUGUGUGCCACUUUUAUUCUUACCAUAUUUUGAUGUCAUCUUUGAUCUCUUACUGAGCAGAAACAUGGCAUUGUAGAAUCGAUUUGUUAUUAGUAACAUCAAUAUUUGGCUGAUUUCAGGUCACAGAGAUCCGUUUGAAGUACUUUGACACAGUACCAGUUUCUACUGCCAUGUGUGUGCUCAAAACAGGUUUCCUUUUCACUGCCUCAGAGUUUGGAAAUCAGUAAGUACAGAAUCUUUUCAGUGCAAUCUGUAUGAAUAUCAAAGGCAUUGCAAGUAAACUUUUUAUUUCACAUCAUUUUUUUGUUUCCUUUGGUUCAAAACCUUUCUGUUGUUCCCUUCCUCUGAAUCCUCCAACCAAUGUCAUUCUGUAUGUUUCCCAUAUUUCAGCUAUCUGUAUCAGAUUGCACAUCUUGGUGAUGAUGAUGAUGAGCCUGAGUUCUCCAGUGCAAUGGAGCUUGAGGAGGGGACCACUUUCUUCUUUUCUCCAAGAGGUCUUAAGAAUUUGGUUCUUGUGGAUGAACUUGAGAGUUUAGCUCCAGUAAUGUCCUGCCAGGUAUGGAGUUUUUGAUUUGAUGAAGAUAAACCACUAACCUUUGUUUAUAAAAUCAGUGAAAGUACUCCAUAGCAAUCAAAAUAAUGGUCAACAAUUGCUAAAUUGUGUAGGAGAACAGCAAAAAGAUAGGAAUAGAAAUAAAAGAAUCACUUUUAUUUCUAUUCCUAUAAUUUUACUGCAUAUGUUCCAAGGUAUCACAACCAGUUACAAUUAUAGUAGUUGACACAUAUUACCAUCAUGAUGACAAGAGAAAACUGUUCACCAUGCAAUUCCACGUAAUGUAUUCCAACCCUCCUUUGCAAUGUUGCUAGCCAAGCAAUAUCAUGUAUAAAUCUGCAAUUAACAACAUUGAAUGGGGAAAGGGGGCGGGUAUUGUUGCUGCUUUUUUUAAUUUCCCUUUUGUCUUCCAAUGAACCUGGAAACACAUUUUUUGUUCAGGAUGUCUCAACCUUUCUCGCUUUUUUUGGUUGUUACAAUGAGUUUGUUUUCUUCUCUCAGAUUGCUGACUUGGCCAAUGAAGACACUCCUCAGCUGUAUGCAGCCUGUGGCAGGGGACCUCGCUCAUCAAUGAGAGUCUUGAGGCAUGGUCUGGAGGUAAUAAAAACAAUAUUUCAAAUAGUAUUAUUCUAGAAGAAUUUAUGUGUGGAGGUGUGGCUUGAAUGAAGACUUGUACUUGAAGACUUGUAGGAAAAUCUGUUAUUUUAAAUCCUCUAGGUUUCCGAAAUGGCUGUAUCAGAGCUGCCAGGUAAUCCCAAUGCUGUUUGGACAGUCAAGACACAUACUCAAGGUAGAUUUGCUGAUUCAAUAAGUUUGAUAUUGUGUGGUUUUUUGGUGAAAAAUUGCUUCGGACAUCAUUGUUUUCAUCAACAGCAUGCAGUAGCUCAGAUGGCAUGUUGGAGUUGACUUGUAACUUACAGUACAUCCUAGACAUGAGUCCAAUGUGGUUUUACUACAGAUCCUCAUAGAGAAUGCUGAAUGUUUUUGUAGCUUUGAAAUGGACUUUUAAACAACAGUUAUAGACAAACAUUGGAAGCUCCUCAUUUCAUCAAACAAGUGAAAAAAAAUUAUCGGUCCAUGCAAACUGUUCUCUGGGAGAGGGCCUCCAGUUUCAUGUAGUGUUGAUUUUUUUUUUUUUAACUUAGUAACUUAGUGUUACAGACUUUUUUUUGUAGCCUGCAUAUGGGUUAUGCUGGAAAAAAAGAACUGAUUUUCAUCUUUUGUGGUGUGGUGAUUCUGAUAACUUGUAUCCUUGCCACUAUUAUAUUGCAGAUGAAUUUGAUUCAUACAUUGUGGUGUCUUUCAUAAACGCUACCUUGGUGUUGUCUAUUGGAGAGACAGUUGAGGAAGUCACUGAUAGUGGUUUUCUUGGUACCACACCUACUCUAUCCUGCUCACAGCUUGGCGAAGAUGCUCUCUUACAGGUGUGUAAACUUAUCAGUUUAUUUUUUAAUCGUUUUGUUUUAUAACCCAUGUUAUAUUUAUGACGAUUUCUGGGCUUUUGAUUCAAAGAAUUAACGCUAUUACUGUUGUUCAGCUAAUGAAAUAAAAUAAUGUCUCUCAGGCAAACACCUUUACUGGGGUGAAAUUUUAUGGCCAUUUUCUUGUAGAGCAGGUUAUGAUAGCCGGGAUAUGAACUGUCUAAGUCUCUCAUGGUUUGCUUUAAGCGCUAAACUGAGCUUGGUAAUUUUUUCUUUUUUUAUUGUGAAACACUGACAAUAUUUAUUUGUUGCAUUUGUUAGGUUUAUUCUGAAGGCAUCCGCCACAUAAGAGCUGACAAGCGUGUAAAUGAAUGGAAAACUCCAGGAAAAAAGACAAUUGUGAAAUGUGCUGUGAACGAGAGACAAGUGAGUAGGCUUAGAACAACGAGAGACAAGUGAGUAGGCUUAGAACAACUUGCUCAGUAAACAACUGUUGGGGACAGUAGUUGCAAAAUUUGCCAUACCCUGGCUUCUUGUCUUUCAUUUUUCCUGUAAUCUGAUUGGUUAUUCUAAACAGUUCUUGAAAUCCGAUUGCUUUUUUUGUCUUUUCGUGUUGCUUUCUCAUUGCCUGGGAAAAAGAUGCAAUUUAGAACAAAAAUUGAGCGAUUCGUGAUUAAUGCGCACCUCAGAGAGCUAAUCAGAUUGCAAGGACCACUAGUGAUUUAAAAAUAGAUGUAAGAAAAGCAUUCUUUUCCAUUAAUCUUAUGCUUGAUUUGCCCUGUAGGUUGUCAUUGCUUUGACAGGAGGAGAAAUUGUUUAUUUUGAAAUGGAUCCGGUAAGCCAUUUUUUUUGCUUUCAUUUUCUUAUAACUUCAGUUACUUUCUAUCUAUGCAGUCAGUUCGGAAUGCACGGCGGAAAGUUCGGAGGCAGUGUAGCUGAGUGGUUAGGGCACUGGACUUGUAAUCUGGUGAUCCUGGGUUCAAGUCUUCCACCCUGCCUCUUACUGGAUUUAUUCUCGGUUGUCCCGAGUUCAACUCCUCGGCUGUGCGUUAUACUUGGCCAACUGGUCUGUUUCUGGCCAAUUGGGAUAUUUAAAUACUAUGUUUAUAUACCGCGUUUGUUUCAAGUUGCUUGCAUUGCCCCUGAAAAGCCCUAUUGGAAGAGUGGUCAGUUAAUGUUAUUAAUAUUAUUGUUAUUUGUACUAUCAUUACUAUUAUUAUUAUCAUUUGAUGUUUGCUGUUUCUCGUUUUCAGUCCGGCCAACUAAACGAAUAUACUGAACGAAAAGAAAUGUCCUCUGAUGUACAGUGCAUGGCUCUCGGGACGGUUCCCUCGGGAGAGCAGCGCUCUAGGUUUCUAGCCAUUGGUCUCAGUGACAACACUGUGCGGGUGAUAUCUCUUGACCCGCAGGACUGUCUACAGCCACUUAGUAUGCAGGCGUUGCCUGCCAUGCCUGAGUCACUGUGUAUUGUGGAGAUGGGUCUAGAGAGUGAAUCUGGAAGACUGGGUGGACUCUUUCUCAACAUCGGACUCUCGGUAUGUUUGUCAUAUUUUGGUUUUGCUUGUUUUUUUUCUCAGAGACCCUUCAUUAUUUAUCGCCUGAGGGGUCAGAGGAUUUUGGUCGUGUCACAAUUAAAGUUACCUUCUAAAGUCUCAUUAGUAUUCUAAUGUGCUGGAGUGACAUUCCUGUUUUCUGGUUUUCGUAGAAUGGCGUUCUUCUUCGAACAGUGUUAGAUUUAGUAACCGGAGAUCUCUCUGAUACCAGAACAAGGUAGGAAAAGAUUUGGAUCUAAAGGGUGCACAGUGGAGCCUCUAUUCAGGGAACACGUCGGGGACUAGAAAAAGUGUUCUCUCCAUCGAGGUUACCCUACAAUUAAGGAAACCUACACAGAGGUUUUAGGACGGCAUUUUUUUCAGUCAGCAGUCCUCUGAAAAAGACAUUUGUGUGUCGUUUUAGAACCUAAUCACAGAAAAACAAUGAGAGGGCUUGUCGUUUAUGUAAAGUUUAGCCGUUGUUUGGCACAAACGCGCUUUUCUUGAAUCAUCCUGGAUUAAGCUAGACGUUUUAUCUAAUCGUCGAUUUUUGUGAACAGCACCUUGAUGGCUCAGAGCUUCGUAUCUCCGAAAAAAAAAAACAAUGCAUAUGCUCCAAACAAGCCCCUUACAAAGAAUUCUCGAGGUUCAUUGCUGAUCCAAAACCUCUGCUUAAGUUCAAAUUCGUUUUAAUAUUCGGCCCUUAGUAAGCAGUAUGAAAGGGUCAAAUGCUUGUAGUGUUGUAUUUUUGCAACGAAGCUUAAGGAUUUAUACAUGCGUACAUAAGUCUAAUGCGUUUUGAGGUAAAGCACAGUUGAACAAACAGCAUUGCUUCAAAUUGCUAUUUUUUUAUUUUUUAUUCAGAUAUCUUGGUUCAAAAGCUGUGAAGUUGUUUAAAGUUCGAAUGCACGGGUCAGAUGCGGUGAGUUCCUCUAUCACUAAAAUGUGCAACCUUUUUCCUCGAAGAUAGCAUUUUUAUGUUAAUUUGAUUUUAUUAAGUGAUUUGAUAAUGUUUUUUGCCGGCGUAAAGAAUCACUGAAGGUGACGUUGCGAGCGUUAGUCCUUCGCGUAUCGCAAAGUGUCGGCAGUGUUUGGAACAUUUGAGUAAUUUUAUGCAACGAAUUCCUGUGAAGACAUCGAUCGGUAUUUCAGUUUUAUUCUGUAAUUUUGCUGGGGUUGAUUUUUCUGUUUUGUAUUUGCAGGUUCUAGCAAUGUCAAGUCGAUCAUGGUUGAGUUAUUCGUACCAGUCCAGAUUCCAUCUUACUCCACUGUCGUACGAAACGUUGGAAUACGCAUCCAGCUUCUCCUCCGAACAGUGUCCUGAGGGAAUUGUAGCCAUCUCUGCUAACACGCUGAGGUGGGCUGGGGAUAAAAUCGUUUGUCGUAAAACUCGAGGAUAAUUUCUAAUCAUAAACCGCGUAAAACCCUAACAUCAGUAUGCAUAUUCUCCAUACUGUUCACCAUACAAUUUCAAAGGUGCUGACAAGGAGAAUUUGUUAAACAAUCAAGAGCUUCUACAGUCAGUGAUCAUUUCCUUUGUUCUCUUGAUCUUGAUGUUUGAUUCAGGGGUGAUAUUGUAAGGAGAAAUUGGAUGCUAGUCACUAAUUUUCUCAAUCCUGUUAAUUGUUGUCAUUGUUUCCGUUUACUUCAUUUCUUGAAUCUCGCAAACUAAUACUUAACGAGGUUUCUCUAAAAAAAAAUUGCGACGACCCCGAAAAUAACUGAAAGUAUUCGAAGCUAGCCCUUUCGAGGAAGUAUUUUACCUCAUGGUAUGACGUAGUCUUACUAUAAGGGUUACUUAUGGACUUAAAAUCUGCUCACUCACUCGACUCUAAUUUGUAAGAUAAUUAAUUUUGCACUGAAAAUUGGAUUUAACUCGAUAUUUGUGUUGGGUAUAAUUUUGACAUCAAUAAAUUUUUACUUUAUCAUCUAACUGUUCAUUUAUUUAUGGUGAUUUUUCUUUACAGGAUUUUAGCCCUCGAGAAGCUGGGCGCAGUGUUUAAUCAAGUGGCAACUCCCUUGCGGUACACCCCAAGGAAAUUUGUCAUCCACCCCCAGAGUAACAAUUUAGUUAUCAUAGAAAGCGAUCAUAAUGCUUUCACUGAUACAGCUAAGGAAGAAAAGAAGCAGCAAAUUGCCGAGGUGAGUAGAGGAUACAACGUGCAAUUUUAUUACAUAGAGAAUUCCUUAGGAUAUGUAUGACAAACACACUCAGCACUCGAAUGUUUACGAAGUUAUGGAGCUCGAUUAUUGCAAAAAUUGAGAUUCGUAAGUGUGUCGCCGAUCAGUUACCUGCUCAAGCCUUCGUUUUUAGUGAAUACGACUUUUUGUGAAUUAUUGGUCCGCUCAUCUCUGACAAACCACUAUAGUUGGCGCAACCUCGGCCACUAUGAAGAAGGAGGUAAAUUUCUAAAGAAAAUGUGGCGUGCGUCGGUGUUAGAUUAUAACAGGGUAAUUUGAUUUUAUCAAUUGAGUCGAUGACGUAAAUGGUCACCGUUAAGAGUUUCAAAGCUUAUGUUUCGAGCGUUAGAGCAGAGGGCUAAGACUCCGACAAUUUACGUUGUCAACUCAGUUGAUAAAUUACCUCAAUUUGAAGAAGCUUUGGUUAAGAAACGCCACCAGUUAAUAUUCUACCUUUUAAUGUUGACAACUCUGUCCGGGUAAUGUUUCAGGAAAUGGUCGAGGCUGCUGGUGAUGAUGAGAAGGAGCUUGCAGCACAAAUGGCGGCUGAGUUUCUGAAUGAGGAUCUCUCUGAGCUGCAGUUUGGUGCUCCGAAAGCAGGACCUGGAAUGUGGGCAUCUUGUUUGAGAAUGCUGGACCCUAUAAAGGUUAAUCUCAUUAUUGUUUUUACGUAAGAGUGUCGUAAUUCAAAAACCAAAGUUUAAUGUAAUUUUUUAAAGCGGUCACAAUGAGCCAAUGAUAACUCAAAGGAAAGAAAAGUAAUUUCCCUGAAGCUUGGGAGAACGCGAGUUUUUCGUCGUUUUUCGUCUGUGAACCGACCAUCGCCAAGCAAAAUCAAUGCACUCUUUUUUUUACUUUAGGCCCUCAAUUGAGAAUUGCCCUUUGUGAAAAACAAUGUUUGAUUACGCCCAGAUACUGACAGAAGAGUAAAAAUAAGACGCUAAGCGGGUAUCUUCGGGAGGAGUUUCAAGGCGUUUGAGAAAUUUGAUCAUGCAAUGUGUUGUCAACAGAAACUUUCGUAUUAUUUGCAAGGCAAUCCAUGCGAAUAUUCUUUUUUUCUCUCUUCUAAUACUUAGAUUCCAAUACAUGACAAUACCUUGAACAAAGAGACUUAACCGCGUAUCAGCACUUGAGUUAAUGACUUAACGGAAGUUUUCUAUUUUUUCAGGGCGAAACAGUCGACGAAGUCCGCUUGGAUCAGAAUGAAUCUGCAGUCAGGUUAGUUUGCGCCCAGACUGUUUCAUAAAAAAAACUUGGAGUUGAAAGAAAACGGGCAUCAUUAAACAGUUGAUUGCGAUGCAGAUUUGUUCCCCCCUUGAUUCCUUAAGUUAGAUCAGGGUAAAACUUUUCAAACGUACUGAAGCGUAUGGCCUUAUUUAAAGUCCCUAACCGUUGCUCAUAUUCUGGUGAUGUGUUCCUAUUCUUUAAACCUUGGUGAUUGGUUGUUUGGUUUUGACUCCAACUUAUGUAAUACAAUGAUGAGACGUUGGGUUUUGUUCCGCAGUGUGUGUGUUUGUAACUUCACGUGUCGCCCAGACGAAACAUACGCAUUAGUUGGCACAGCUAAGGAUCUCUCACUUAACCCACGAUCAUGCGCAGGAGGCUUCAUUCACACGUACAAAAUAGCUGAGUUGAUUGAUGGGGGAUAUAAACUGGAGUUUGUACACAAGGUGAGGACUAGUUACUGCUCAAUACUCCCUAUAUCUUGUUCCAGGCGUUCAGUUAGUAAAGCGCAGCGCGAGAGUAGUAACAGAGCAAAAACCGAGGGGUUUGGGUCGGAACCCGACCCAAACCUCCCCCGUCUUUUCACUCCUCCGCUUCUGCCACGCUCCGCUAGAUAUCGCGCUUCUACUCUCUGAACGCGUGGAAUAAGCUCUACUCUUUACGAGUGGAUCGUCCCGGUAAGCGUCUCCACUCCCAUUAGUUUUGUGAUACGUUGGAUAUUCCUCUCACAUCCAAGAUUUAGAGAAAUGUCAAAUCUUUUCUUUGCCUGGUCUACGUUUCUUAUAAUUUUCCUCAGAGAAUUUAUGUGUUAAGUCAAAUAGUAUCCCUUGGUCUACAUUUUUCCUUUUUUAUCGUUACUUUGUCAGCAUAGUGGUCCCAAAAUAUCAAGCGAACUUAAUUUUUUUUUCACAAGAGCAAAUAGUUGCAUGUAUAUGUUCUCAGUAGUGCGCACUGAAAAUUUAAAGCCAGGUCGAUUUAUAUUUUGAUGUCAUGUUAUUAUAUCAAAAGCAAGCAGAGUUUAUUUUAUUUUGUUUUAUCGCUACAUUCAAUUUGGUUUGUUCGUUUUAUUUCAGACGGAAGUUGAUGAUAUUCCAGGAGCGCUGACUCCUUUUCAGGUACGUUUUUUAAAGUUCUAAUUAAAAAUUUUCUCUUUUUCUCCCUCUUUGUAAUAUUUUUGUAUCCAUGCGCGGCGCGCGUGAUUUCACGAAUUAGCCAGUCACGUCGAAGAACUCUUUCGCUGACGUAGACAUUUUUCGCGUACUUUUGUUGUGUGUUUCAUGGAGUUUUUAGUAGUAUUUGAGUUUCGUUCGCGCAAAUUUGUUUCCCUUGGUUUGGAAUUUUAAGAAGUUUUUAGAGUUUUUAUUUUAGCCAACUGAAGGAGAAGAAGAAGGAGGGUAAGGUAAUUAUUUUUUUGUGGGGGGGGCAUAAAUAUUUCAUGGGUUAUGUACUUUUGAUACUCGAAAAACAAUCGGCUUAAGCCGGCUCCACACCUUCUUAAAUCAUACUCCACGGUAAACACUAAAAACCGUCCACUGUCCCAGACUUGCUAUUCUUUAGAAAAAGUCAAAAGUAAUUUUCUUGAAGAUAAGCAUUUCGGUGUACUAGUUUUCUGUAUUUACGUCAAAACAUUAAAGAUGCUAGGGACAGCGUAAGUUUGUUCGCGUAGACCAAACGUUAGUCGUUUUUGAGCGAUAUCUCCUUCCAAAUCUAACUGAACGUGUGAUCCAAACGCUGAGUUUUAUGGACAGCACAAAAUUAGCGAUCCUUAUCCGAAGAGACUACUAGUGCAUUUACCCUUACGACGAAGAUUAACCGCAAUCUUUUCCUUUUUUAACUGACAUAAUAAGUGUCAGAUAGUGGCUUUCUUAAACUGCGGUUUACGUUAGACUUCAUUUGGAUAACAGGUCUUUUAUGCUUGUCUUAUGUGACUUUAGGGACGCCUUUUAGCUGGGGUAGGACGACUGUUACGAAUCUAUGAUCUCGGAAAAAAGAAGCUCCUUCGCAAAUGUGAAAACAAGGUAUGGCCGCCUUGGGCGUGAUCAGCACAACAGCGACGGUCUUAUGUCGACCAAUUUUGUUACCAUUGACAUCAUUUGUUUGUCAUUUUACUUAUAAAAUGAAGAAUUUUCUUUCUCAUUUAUUUUUUUUUCCAGAAAUUGCCCAACUUCAUUAUGGGUCUGAACACAAUGGGAACCCGAGUAGUCGUGAGUGAUAUUCAAGAGUCUUUUCACUUUGUUAAGUUCAAGGCUCGGGAAAAUCAUUUGGUUAUAUUUGCGGAUGAUGUAAAUCCAAGGUAUGUGAUCUUUUGUUUUACCCGCUUUUAAAAGUAACUUGCGCAAGGAGGAAACACGAGAACCCACUUAGGGCUUGUACUGAAUCUCUCAAUCUACAGUCAAGUGUACCAACCAUUAGGUUAUCACUCGUCAAAGCUGAACAGUUUUAGCAGCAAGGCAUCCGGUUAUCUUCAUUUAUAGCUCUUAGGUUAAAAAUAGACUGUUUGAUGUUGUUAUCUCGUAUUACCGAUUCCUUCAAAAACUGUAUAACAAUGCGUUUAUGUACUCUACACGUUGAGAAAAAAAACCGGAUAGGACUUGAAAUAGCGAUCGAGUGGAGGACAUGACACCUGGCUCUCUUCUUGAGAGGAUUUGGUGCAAUAUUUCAUCCAUCUCUUCAGGGGACGAGCUACUCUAGUCCUUUGAUAACGGACAUUCUGACGAAACCAAGACAUAUUUCUUUAUGUAAAGAGAGCGUUUUCCACUCAAUAAAUGCUGUGGGGGCUAUCUUUGUUAUUCAAAAAACCUACCUAAUUUAUUUACGAAUUCAGUUUUGCGAAAGAAAAUAUCUUUCCCAUCUUAGAUUACAAAUGAAUACUAUUUCGAAAGUUUGCUUGCCAUUUUUUACAAUGCCCUGUAGUAGGGAUUAUUUUGAUAAAGAAGGAAGUCCAAGAUAGUCAGUCGUUGUCGUGUGAGGAAGAGUGUUAAGUGAAAGUAUCUUCUGUUUCGCACUUGAGACACGGCAGUUGUACGUUAAGUUUGCGAAAAUUGUUUCUUUUUAUGGGUUGAAAGACAGAAGGUGGAAAUGAUAUCUGUCAGUAAUAUUGAAGUAGAGAUGAGUUGAUAAUGGAGAGCGGCACGUACAGACCCAUAAGAACACAAGCACGUUUUUUACGUUAGACUAAAGGAAACAUAACACUUUUAUUUUACGUUCUCGGUUUUAUUGCGUAAUUUUGCUGUAAUUGAAAUUUCGUCAGCUUCUGUUUUGUCCUAAAUUUGGCAUUUCAUGAUUAUCAGCGAUCAAUGCAUCAGAUUCAAUGAGCCUCCUUGAUUUUUUUCUUCUUUUUCAAUAGAAAGUUUUCAUUAUUAAUUUUAACGUCCACGUCUAAACAGCUCUGUUCUGUGCUCGAAAGAGUACCUUAAACUGAAGUUGUUAUUACAGCGUUACUUCCGUCGGAGCCAUUUCCUCUUUCUAACAAGUCUUGGAGGGCUUUUCGAAAGUCAGUUUUGAAGAAGGUGUACAACAGAGGAUUGAUUAGGGCUGUGCUAAAUUUUAAGGACAAGAGGAUGAUCCCGGCGGCGAAUGGUAUCGGAUAUUCAGGUUUUAUGUCGUCCAGCAGAGAGAUGAUAAAAUAGGGGAACCAUCCUAUCACGAAUGUAAUGGUCAUGACAGCGUAUAUUAUCAGUGCCUUUCUAUCGUUUCUUCUCCUGUUUUCCCUGUCUUGCUUCUCAAAUAAAGUCCCUUGUGUUAAGGCACGCCUAAAUUUCUUUUCCUUGUGAAUGUAAUAAAAAAUAUGGCCAUCUAUACAGGCGAUGAUGAUAAAAGGCAGAAGCGCUAACGAUAGUAAACUGAAUACCGAGUAACCAAAGUCGAAUUUUUGGGUGAGGUUUUCGUUGUCACCUAGGAUCCAUGUGAGCUGAACGAAGGAAGCGCUCAGAGAGAAAAUCCACACAGCCAUCAAUAGAGCCACUACUCGUCGCUUUGUCACCAGGAUAUUGUACUUAAAGGGUCUUUUGAUCUUAAAGUAGCGCUCCGAUGUUGCUACCAGCAGGUGAAGAAUUGUCGAGAACGACUGAAAUCGAUGGCAUAAAUCCAUGCUGGUGCAGAUGGGAUUGGAAAAAACGAUCGAGCAUAGGAGCACUAACGGGAGCGAAACAAGCCCAGCUAAGAAAUCGCUGGCUGCCAGACUUACCAAACAGUAGUUCGUCUUUGUUCGUAAAUGUUUUGUGGUCGCAAACAAUAAAAACACCAGCGAGUUCGCGCAUAUUAUAAGGACACCUUGUAAAGACAGGAAUACGAUCACUGCUUGACCGGAUUGAGUCUGAUGUAGCUUCCAACGGUUCAUCUCUUGUGUCAAAUUUCUGUUUUCCCUCCAUGUUGAGUUUUCCAUCUUUCUCCAAUUUGGUCGCCUUUAAGUUGAAACACCUGUGGGCAACCGGAUACUCGCGGCGUCUUCUGAAGUCUCUUGCAGUCGGCUAAAGGCUAGUCGUUUAUUCUACGAACGCAAAAACACGGGUAACGUUAGAUCACGGGUAAUGGGAUCACGCAGUCUGUGGUGUGGCGUGCGAGAUUCUAAGCCGACCAAACAGUUUGAAUGCAGUUUAACUCUCUCGCCGCGCAAUUUCCAAAAGUGAGUGAAGUUUGUCAUUAUGGCCGUUUAUCACGGCCAUUAGUGUGCCAAUAUUUCGUGAAAGAAAUUCAAAUUGAUGUUUACCUUUUGAAGUAUAAUUGGUAAUUGUUUUUAGGUGAUGAUGGAAAAUCCCUCAUGCCCAUAAAUCAUUGUUUCCCACGCUAAGAUAGAAAGAUGAUCUUUGAAGUGGCAUCAUGAUAGUGUGUUAUCUUUCGAACACAAGUUCCGUUGAAGAUUUUCUCUUUCUCACAUUACCUCUGUGUUCGUUGUUCUACUUGUUUUGUAUUUUUUAUUUUAGAGCGAUUUGUCAUCGUCAAGAACCGGAAAGGUUUCAUUGGCCCUGGUGAUUUCAUUUCCUGUUACAUUGUCUAUUUGGGAGUGUUAUCGUUUUGAAAUUUUGACAUUUUACAUUUUAAGAAAAACUUACGUGUACGACUGGCAUUCUGCAAAAUAUUACACGAUGGAGUCAUUUUUAUUCUUUUUGUAUUCCAUGUACAGAUGUUUUGGCGAAUUCGUGAGUAUCAAACUGUGAAACAUUGUACUCUCCUUGCCGUUUCUUCCUUUGUCUUUUCUUUUUUAAAAAGAUUCAUGGGGCAAGAUUUAAUAAAACUUUUCGCAGAUGCAACAACUAGAUAUUUCAAUUUUUUUUCCUUUGAAAGGUCCUCCCUUGGAGGAGACGAGAAAUUUCAAUUUGCGUUAAGUAAACAUUGCCACAAGUACUCUAGGUAUAUUUGAGAACGAACUUCGGCUGGUUUAAUUUUCUUAGUGUGGCAUCUACCAGCCAAAGUUUAAUUCAGAAAGGCCAAUGGAUCUCGGCAUACCUAAAAGUUUUGUAUCUGAAGUGUUUAAAUCAAGUGCAAGUAAUGUUACUUCGGUGAUUAAAAAUUUGUUGUGGCAUUUGUUGAUUCACACAACUAUUUUAGCGUCUUGGUACAAACAAGACGCAAUUUUUCGUCUGUCUUCUCCAAAGUAGUGAUUAGGCUGAUAUUCCCCGAAACAGUUAAUUUUUGUGGUUAGAUGAUGUACGUCUUUCCAAAUUAUCCGUAGUAUCUUAAAAACGGAAAAUGUGUUGCGACUGCUUUCUCCUCGCAUUAUGGUACCCAAAAAAAAAAAAAAAAAAAUUCGGGUAAAUAUGCUUUCGUUUGGUUUGGCGAAUCAUGUUGCUUAAGAGCUUGUUCGUUUUGCUCUCGACAUGUUUUUUGGCUUAAGCGGACCACCUGUCACAAAUCGCUUUCUCUCAAGUAUCUUCCUGUUUUUAGAAAGGGAGAAUCUUUCUUUCUUGCCACUAUUUAAACUAAUCGUAUUAAAAAUACAAAUUACAAGACAGCCUUCCCGUGGGCGAAACGCAUUUUGAUAGUUAAAGGCGCUAAUGGCACAGCAUUUCAGAGGUUGACGGGCGUGCCAACUUGAGCGAAAACGACCUCGCUGAGAUGAUUGCCAUCAAUUUUGAUAAUCGUUACUUUUACCUUGAAAAUUUUCCCAUCUUUGUGUAUGAAAUCACAAUUUUUUUCCUGAAGUAUUUGAGGUGAAAAUUUUCUUGGGGGUUAAAGUUGUCAAUAGUUGAAAUUUCCUUCAGUCCAAUAUGCUUCUUCUUGUGCAAUAUUUAUCUGCCUGAAGCAGGUGACGAGAAGGUAAUAACUUAACCGUAACACAAAAAUUUCGAGAGGCCCUUAAAAAUAAUAAACAUAGUGGGAAUUUCUUGGAAAAGGAAAAAGAACAAUGAAAACUCAAUUUCUCUAUUCCCGGUUUUCGUCGAGAAGAGUGUCACUUUGUGCAAACACUCGAGCUUUGAACAUGAUUAAGUUUUAUUUUUAGCUUUCACUUGUCAACAAACUUUUUUUUGUUUUACUCUUGGAAUUAAUUUUCAAAAUUUCGCUUUACGUCAUUUAGUUUCGUUUGCAAAUUUUGACGCGGCGCAGAUGUUCCCGGGUAAGAAUGUGCUGCGGUUUAUUUUUUGGGUAAAAACACGAAAAACAAAACUCCUCUCUCGGAGUUCCAUCUUUCCGAUUCUUUGUAUCAAUUUUUUUCAUCUCUUUGUCAGCAUAUUUUUAUUUUCGUUUGAUAGCGUUUAAAAACACUGAGGCCCAGCUCAAUUGGCCGGGACAGAAUGUGUAAUUAUAGCCUCACAGAAUGACGCCAUAGUAACUCCUUCGAUAAAGAGCGACAUCUCUCUUUCGAAAAAGUCUGCCACGAAAUGGGAAAUUUGCUAGUGAAGCGAUGAACUUUUCGAGUAAGCUCUUGUCCUCUUACCUUCUUUUGGAUCAACCACUCUCGCUCUUCGCAUCAAGCACAGACGGCAGUCAAAUAUUGGCGUUAAUUUGUUUUUAGAGUAUUUUGUUUAUAUUCACUUGUUUUUGGCGCCUGUUUAGCACCCUAUUCUGUUACUUUGUAAGGAGCUUUUGAGCAGACCUCUGUGGAGACGGAUAUUGCUUGCAACGCUGAGUAAAAUUUAUCCCAUUGUGAAUUGCAAUUAUGCACUGCUGGCGAGCAGGUCCAGUGGGCAGUCACGCUGCUUGUGGCAAUGUGUGUGGUUCGCUGAUUAAUUAGCACGGCGCCUUGACAUCAAAAUCUCAUCACUCGUUGUUUUAAUUUCGAUCGUUUAGUGACACGAUAGGUGAUUGUACGCGGAAUCACACACAGAUUUGGCCCAAAGUUCGCAUUUAGGCAGGCAAGGCAAAUCCUCCCCGGGAUUACAAAAAUUUAUGUAAUUGUAUUUCUCUGCAACAGCGAGCGUAACAUUUCUUUCCUUAAGGUAUGCUGGAAGUAACCUAGAUUUGUUAUUCUUGAACCUUUGCCAUUGUCACAGUUUUAUUUGUGUGCUUUUUUUUCCCAAGAACAAUAUUUACUCAAAAAUAUUUUUCUCAAACCUUUUUAUAGUUAAUAUUCAGUUGGGAGACUUCAGUAACGGAAAUUGGAAAUUUUGCUCAUCGACAUGAAAUUUUUCCUCAGGUAUAACGGACUAAAACUUCGUCGCAUGUUUAUUCGAGGCUAGCCAUAUCUUUAGAACGACGAAGUGAAAGGAAAGUCGAUAUAUAAGUGCGUUCACUUAGAAUUUAGCCUCUCAGUAAAAGAUCACCGAAAGGGCUCUCAAAUGUACGAAAUUUGACAAAACCUUGUAAGCAUAUUUCAGAUGUAAAUUUAUCUAUUGACAUUGUUCAACUCAGCUUUUGUUUUCACAUAUUUCCUGAAUACGUCAGGAGCUCAGUGAUAAUUAAUUGCACCCUAUAAAUCGCGAUUCGUAUUCCUUCUACCGGCUUCAAGCUGGUGGUAGUGUUAAAAGUUUACGGUUUGAACUUGGCAGCUAACCGUAAACCGUUGUUGCGAGCUCAUUAGCGGUGACCAAAGUUAGUGAGAUUCCAUUGCUUUUUUACAUGGCAUAUGGCUUGAUUGGAAAAUGUCGUAGUUGAUUGUUCCAGUUCUACCUUCCGAUUGGUUUCAUUGUCUAAGUGGCCCCAGUUUAAGAAAAUGCACGGGAAAGGCUGGUUUACACAGGCGACAGAGUCGAGGUUAAUUUGAAAAUCGGGGUCUGAGGUGCAGUCAUAAGCUCGAUGAAACCGGAGUCAGAAGAAAUAGAAUCAGAACGGUUUCAUUUGAUUUUCGAUUGCUCUCAUGACUCGGAUGUGUAUGAUCAAAUGAAAAUUAAACGCAGAAGCAGAGGAGCCGGCCAAUCACAAUACGAGUUCUCAGGACAUCCGUGGCUUAUUUAGUUUUCACAAAUCAUUAGCAACAGAGUUACAAGCGUGAUUUUCACUUGAACAUGUCCCUCUUCGCAUCUGAAAACGACCCCUUAACAUGAGUUUAACUGAAAGCUGGUUACGGAAAGUCUACUGUCGCUUUUUAGAUCUUUCACUGCCGUCUGUGUAGCUUGCGUGCAGGCUCUCGUAUUUGGGUCUCGCCUUAGGGCUCUUUUUCAGACACGGCCGACUAUUGCUCCAUCGGCAGCCGCUCAUGGAAAAAGUUAUUAAAACCUCUGCAUUAUUGAGAAGCAGCCUCAAUAGUUUUAACAAUGCUUACAUUGAAUCGUUCUCUUUUCAGGUGGCUAACCUGCUGUUGUUACUUAGACUACGACACUGUUGCAGGCGCUGACAAAUUUGGUAACGUCUUCGUGGUGAGUAUGUCCUUUACUUGUUAUUGUCUAAGAUGUGUCCUUUGCAGCCUGUUUUUUUUUCUCGUGGUCUUUAGCAAACUAAUUCAGGAACGUAAAUUGGCCACCGUUAAAAGUUUUUAAAGCUGACAUUUCGAGCGCUCUGUCGACGGAUUCACGCGCGAAAUGUCAGCUUAAGAAACUCUAUGCAGUGGCCAAUUCAACGCAGCUGAUGAAACUAAAUUAUCUUGGAAUAACCCUUACCCUAGCUCUACCACACUUUCUCUAGAAACUUACCACUAUAGCAAAAUUCUUGAACAUGAUUGGUUAUCACCAGACCUAUUUGAGCACUUAUAGGACAGAUCACACGUCAUACCUGUGCAAGUGGACAGAAUGGGUCAUGUACACGCCCUAUUGUGUCGCAUUUCCCUGAGUUAACUUAGGUGAUGUAGGUUAAUGUAGGUACGGCUAUUGUGAUCUCUACCAAAUUCUGUUUGUAAUCACAAUUUUCAUUUUUAUUAAAUUCAGGUUCGCCUCCCGUCCAGCAUAAGUGAUGAGGUUGAUGAAGACCCUACAGGUACUAAAGCUUUCUGGGAUCGUGGGCUCUUAAACGGCGCUCCCCAAAAGGUACGUUGCGAGCUAGGUGGCCGUGAAGACUGUGGCACACAUGCUAAUGCUUAGGCGACGCUAAACUGCGUUUUGGUUUCUAUGGUUACGCCUAUGGUUGACAUUAAUCCAUAUAACUUGUACAAUGAGAACGGAAAUUUUUAAAAUGCUUUGCAGAGUGGAUUAAGUAGAAAACACCAUAUUUAUAUGUGUUGUAUAUUUCAAAUCGGAGCUCUUUGAAAACCAUGCGUAACUGCUUUACAUUUUGUUUGGGAUGAUUUUAAGGAGCUGAUUUCGCGUAUGCUCAUCGGAUUUUUCAAGCAUCCAGGCUCAUGUGCACGAAACUCAUUUUAAUAGUGAUCCAGAGUGGACAGAAAUUUUUUUCUUGCGUUAUCGAAUUUUCUGGUUAAAUGCUUGAGAUUUAAGAUUCUGGCAAAGAACGGGCAACUUGUUUGCACGCCAACCAAAUUUUACUGACUAUUGUUAUUGCAGAAAAUAUGUCAGUUUGAAACUGUGAAGCAACAGCAUUAAAUGAAAACGUUCUCUACUCGCAUAAUUUUUAGUGCCCCUACCUUACCUAAUGACAACAACUUUGGUUAUUCAUGCUUGAUAUUUCCUUGUUUCACAAAUGGCAGUAUUUUUUCUUGAACAGGUGGAGACGCUGUGUAACUAUCACGUCGGUGAAACAGUCCUGUCGUUGCAAAAGGCCACUCUGAUCCCCGGAGGGUCCGAGUCGUUAGUUUUCACCACCCUGUCAGGAGGUAUUGGUAUGCUGGUGCCGUUCACAUCAAGAGAGGUACAACAUCCCUCCCUUCGCCACCUUUUUGUUAUUUAUCUUUCCUGUCUUUUUUGCUUGUUUAUUUUUUUUCUGUUUUCCUUUUUAUUUGUCACUACACAAAAAAAUGCUGUUUUUACAAGCUAUGAGGUAGACAGAGAGUUUCUGCUCGCUGAAUCUGUUCGAGGACUAUGUCUAGUCGCAUCCUUUAUAAAAGUAUCGCGAUAGAAAGCAAUAGCGAAUGUCAUACUACAAAAUGUAAAUGGACUUUUUGUUUGUUUGGAGACCCGUUGACCUUUUCCUAGAACCUCUUUUGUUGUCACUUCUAGAAUUACAAACAAUCAGGCAGACGAACAGCUGGGCAGACGAAGGGAAACAAGCAAGCAAAUAAGCUUUGAUCAAAACAGUACCGUUGUGGCUUUUGCCAUAUGUACUAUACAUAGCAAUUUAAACAAAUAUUUAAAUAGGUACGUAUUUUUCAUUUUUUUGUUGUAAUUUUUUUCUAGGACAUUGACUUUUUCCAGCACCUUGAAAUGCACUUGCGCGCUGAGCAGCCGUCCCUGUGUGGCCGCGAUCAUCUGUCGUACAGAUCUUACUACAUGCCAGUCAAGGUUGGUGGCCGUUUAUAAAAAGCCUACCUUUCAACGGUCUCAAGGUCAUAUAAUCAUUCCAAGUUAAUUGCGAUUAUAUCAGAAUGAGCGCUUCUCAAUUAAGUGUCGUAAAACCAAGCCAGAAGUGAACAGUCGAUAAAUGAAAGAAAACAAACUUAACUUAACUUAACUUAAACUUGCUUCAAGCGUAGGAAAAUGCGAGUUAAAACUCUCUAUUGAUUUAAUUUAUACAUUUUGCUUUCGGUUAGAGGGGAGGGGAGGGCGAUGCGAAUUCUUUUAACCAAGCAAAAAGUGUAACAAAAUAGAAACGGUCAUUCCUCGGAUUACUUUGGGGACUCAGUUGAAAAUUGCACCUUCGUUUUAUUUAAAUUUUUUUCUUACUUGCGUUUCCGGUAUCAGUAAUGUUGGAAAAUUUGCAUGUGGCUAUGAGGUGGGAUUUGUGUAUUUUUGGAUUUUUACAGAUGCACGUGUUUUCUAUCAUUUUUGUAUUACAGAGCGUGAUUGAUGGAGAUCUCUGUGAAUUUUUUAAUUCUUUGGAUUCUUCUAAACGACGCAACAUUGCCGAAGAACUCGAUCGUACACCAGCCGAGGUAUUUUCAAAGCAAUAUUUGCCUAAAACUCUGUCCGAAAAAGAGACAGGUGUUAUGCUGAAUUCUUGGCCUUUAAAGGAAACUUAAAAUCUGUCUACUGAACACAGCUAUUGUUAAUGAAGUGAACAUGACGAUGAGCAAUAAAUAAACAUGCGGUUUUUUGCUUAGGUGUCCAAGAAGCUUGAAGAUUUGAGAACACGUUACGCUUUUUAGGAGUGGAAAGGAAAACCAGCAAUCUUACGACGGAGAUUGAUUUUUGUAGCAGCUACAAGCGGAAAUCGGUAGUUUUUGGAGACGUUUGGCGAGACACGAUGUUCUUUAAAAUUGUCUUCUUUCACUUUUGUAUUUAAAACGAGUCAUAUGCAGUGAACAUGUAUUUUUUAGUGAGCUCAUUCAAGAUCCAAGCCGCUUUACGAACUACUCCUUGUAUGAUUGAAUAGUAGCUGUAGAAAUAUUUGUUUGUAACCCUGCCUUGAUGUAAUGUACAUUGUUCAUUUUAGCACUAAAUUGAUUUUGUUAAAUUUUGUCCAGACUGCUUGAUCUCAAUUGCUCUUUUCCGAAGCAAAGAUGCCAUCAAAGUAACAGGUAGAAACUUUGCAUACUCGUGAUUAUACCUGUGUACACUAUGAAAAAAAGAGAUUAAGUUUAAACGUCUGUCAGUCGUGUUAUUCUUCCAUCGGUUCCAAUUUUUGUGGUUUUUCCCAGCUUUUCCCCCCAUUAAUUUCGUCCUUUUCUAUGAGAUACGCGUGCGCC